GAAACAGCAAAUAGCAGAUUUACAGGAAGAUUGGAAAAGAAAGGAAGCAAAAUGGUCAAGUACACACGGCCGUCUCAGAAGCCAAAUAGAAAUGUUGGUCAGAGAGAACACAGACCUUCGGGAAGGGAUAAAAGUGAUGGAGAGAUUCCGACUAGAUGCCUGGAAGAAAGCAGAAGCCAUUGAGAGCAGCCCCAGGAUGGAUCAGUGUGUGACUGCCAUGAAAAAAGAGGAGUCUGUGAACCCAUCUGUUCCAUUUCAAAAGAGUCAGAUUUCUUCAGGAACCCAGCUAGAAAAGUACAAGAAAAAUUAUUUGCCAAUGCCAGGCAAUCCAUCUCGAAGAUCCAAGUCUGUACCACCUCGUGAUUUAGGCAAUUUGGAUAAGGGACAAGUGGAAAAGGUUUGUAACAACGGGUGCCGUUUUAUUCUGUUUCCCAAUGGAACGCGGAAGGAAGUGGGUGCGGACGGGAAGACCGUCACUCUUACCUUCAUCAACGGUGACGUGAAGCAGGUCAUGCCAGACGAGAGAGUGAUCUACUACUACGCAGCGGCUGGGACCACCCACACCACCUACCCGCAAGGCCUGGAAGUCUUACAUUUCUCCAGCGGACAAAUAGAAAAACAUUUCCCAGAUGGAAGAAAAGAAAUCACGUUUCCUGACCAGACUAUUAAAAAUUUAUUUGCUGAUGGACAAGAAGAAAGCAUUUUUCCAGAUGGUACAAUUGUCAGAGUACAACGUGAUGGCAACAAAAUCAUAGAGUUUAAUAAUGGCCAAAGAGAACUCCAUACUGCCCAGUUCAAGAGACGGGAAUAUCCAGAUGGCACAGUUAAAACUGUAUAUACAAAUGGUCAUCAAGAAACCAAAUACACAUCUGGUCGAAUAAGAGUUAAGGACAAGGAUGGUAAUGUUCUAAUGGACACAGAAUUGUAACGCUCCUUGUGUGCCUUAAUCAUGAAGUAACACUGAUUUUCUUGUUUAAACAAUAUACAUUUAACUUAUAUAGACUGUGUGUGUGCGUGUAUGUGUGUAUAUAAAUUGUAAAGAUUAUGUUUGGAUUCUAAAAUAAAAGUUUACACUGCAUCUUGUUCAGUUUUAUAUUCUUUGAAAUGCACAAGGAAAGCUUUUUUAUAAUUCACUACCCUGUCUUUCUUUUACUAAGGAAAGCAUCAUUAUUUUAUCUCUGUUAUAAACUAUAGGUUUUGAAAAUAAUGAGUGCUUUUAUUGAUUGGAGAUGGUUAUAAAAACCAACAAGUGCACAAAGUACUUCACAUGGAUGUCCCACAGGCACAUCGGCCAUAGAACAUGGACUUAACAGAAAGUGUGCUCAAGGAGUAAGUGAAUGUGUCUCUAGCCAAAAUGUUAAAUUAGUACCAAGAUUAAAGCAUUUGAUCUACUGCAGAGGUUCAUUAAUUAAUAUAGAAUGGGAAGUUACAAUGAUGAAUACAAAUACGUCAAACAGUAAUACAAGUAGUAGAUAAUCAUAGGAGAAAGCAAUUACAAGAAGGCUGACUAACUUGUCAGAAAUGGGAAACAUGAGAGUGGAAGGGUGUAAUAGCUGGUGUUAACUGAUGAACCACAGCUACCUCAAUGUUAUCACUGAUAAAACUGUAGGCUGACAAAAGUAAGGUGUCCUUUAAAGAUAGGCAAGCCACCUACCUACUUGUAGAUUUAAUUACAGAUUGGUCUAGAUAGACCUUACCUGUCACUUAGUGCAGUAGGACAAUAAGUGUUGACAAUGACUCAAACCUUAAAGGAGAAGGCUGAUAAAUGAGUUAAAACUUUGUGAAAAGUUUCUACUAUACCAAACAGAUGAGAAGAUACCUAUAUGUGACAAAGGAUUACUAUCCAGAAUAUAUAAAGAAUUCCUACAAAUCAAUAAGAAAAUCGCAAACAACUCAACAGAAAAAUGAACAAAGGAUAUCAAGAAGCAAUAAACAAGUGGCAGAAUGCUCUCUGACUCUGAUAAACCAGUGAAUGCCUACUGAAACAAUGAGAUGCCUUUUUAUACUACUAUAUUCCAGCAAAAAAAAGGUGUGGCUACACCAAGUGCUGGCAAGGAACUCAGACAACUCAUGGUGGAGUAAACUGGUAAAACUAGUUUUUAGAAAGUAGUGACCCCAUGACCCCGCAAAUUCCACUACUAUGUACAUAUACUAUAAAACCUCUCACAACUAUACAAGCGUUGUAUAGAAUAUUUGUAAUUGAGUAAUUCAAUAUAGUCCAAAUACAGU